AAAGUUUAAACAGUCAUUUAAAAAGGUAAAAUGUUGAAGAUUGCGUUUUUACUCCUUGGUGCGUUCGACAUUAUUCGAUGCGAGAUGCAAACAACAAGAUUGGAAAGGACUAUAAGCGAAGCGCCGUCUUGCAGUAAUCCGCCCCUGUGUUACUUAUCGGAUACGUACAAGACGGGUUCGAAGAGCGUAUCGUUUCUACCUUAUUCGAAUUUUCCGAAUAUACGCAAACAACAAUCGAUUCAACGCAGUUACUACGGCGGUGGACUCGGCUCGCAUUCCGCAUGGCCGGCUUAUUACCAUGCCUUUGAUCCCAUCAGCGUGUUAGCGUCACUGGCGUUUCUGGCAUUUCUAUUGCAAUCGUUCGCCACGCUUUUUGAGCGUUCGCGAUCGAUCCUGCCGACGAUAGUUAGCGGUCGACAAUCUGCCGCGGACUUGAGAAUUCCAGAAAUUUCGAAACACGUGUCGCAUGCCUUGCGGAAAUAUGAGAAUCUCAACGACGAGGACUUAGAGCAGAAAUAACUGAUAAUCACUUGACUUUUUACAUGCAUAGAACAAUCUUUUAUCACUUUAAAUUGUGCAACAUAUGAGCGAUAUUCUCUCUUUAGGAAUUACCGUAAAUAAUUUA